CAUGGCGGCGGGCGCUCGAUUAGUGCAACUACCAAUGCUUCACGCUUGACGCUUGUUUCGGUGUCCGAUGGCGUCUCAUUGUGCAGAUUUAGUUAUAACUUGAAAAAUGUAAAAUAAUGGCCUACAAUUUGUUACAAUAAACAUUUUAAGUUAAUAAAAACAUGUGAUAAAAAUAUUUUCUGUGAAAAUAAGUGUUAAUAAGUUGAGAAAUGGCAUCGAAAACUACGGAAUGGCGACCGGGGCCUACUGUGUGCCGCUGUUGUCUUACUGAAGGAUGCUAUAAAGACAUUUCGACUGAAUAUUUUUGGAUGGGCAAGAGAGAAGUGUAUGCUGACAUGUUGUCUGAAACAUUUGAUUUAAGUAUAGCAUAUUCACAAUCUGGUGGUCCGAACAGCCACAGUCGUCUCAUAUGCGAGCCGUGUAUAUCGAGGCUACGAGAUGCGGCGGAUUUCAAGAGGCAGGUCCAAGAGUGCGAAAGAACCUUCAUGCAGUAUUUAGACCCCGGUAGUUCACUGGCCGAUUUGGAAGUGGGCGGUGACCUCGACAAGGAGGUGAAAGUGGAGCGAGUGAAGGUGGAGAAGGAGCAAAGCGAUGAUGAGGAAUUCGACGACCGGCCCGAUUUUGGUGAUGACGACGAUUACGAUGACCUCGACGACGAGCCGUUAACGAAAUUGGCGAGCAAAAUACCGAAAAAGGAGUCCGUCGACGUACUAGACCUGAUCGAUAACGCAAAGGUGUCGGUUAAGAGGAAGUCGUCCUCUAAGACGAAAGCGACGCCCGCGAAGAAGGCCAAGACGAAAAAGGAUACCGCCACGUCGAGCAAGGAGAAGCCGGAGCCGAGGAAGAAGAAAGGGUCCACAAGGGAUAUUGACGGACUCAAAGAAAAAGAAAGUAAACCAAAAAAAGGGUUAUUCGAAAGAUCCGUUAAGCAGAACCCACAACGGCGAAAUGCUGUGUUGAUUCUUAAACAUUCUACUGCUAUUCCCUUUAAGACUCGAUUUAAUAGAAUCUUAUGUUCUUAUUGUCAUGACGAAUUUGAACCUAUGGAAGCUUUAAGAGACCAUGUCAAAUCUAAACAUAUAAAUGCUGAUUUUAAUAGCGCAUUCUAUAAAGUCGUAGACGAUCUAAAAGUCGAUAUAAGUCAUUUUAAAUGUAAUAUGUGCGCGGAAGAUGUUCAGAGUGUAGAAAAGUUUAUGAGUCAUUUGUCUCGCGAUCACGGUAAAACUGUUAAUUUCGAUGUACCGUUCGGCGUGUUGCCGUAUAAGCAGAACGAAUCGGGCGUAUGGAUGUGUCUCGACUGUGAGAAAACGUUCCCUGAAUUUUCACAAAUUAACGGCCAUUUAAGGAGUCAUGCGAAAAUUUUCACGUGCGAUAAAUGUGGGGCUACGUUUCUAUCGGAGCAUGGACUUAAACAGCACGAACGUAAUUUCAAAUGCUACAAGGCGACGUACAAGCCGCGUUUCGGGAAAGCGCUAAAACAUCGUUUUAAUACUGAAAUUAUCCUUCAAUGCUCAACCGCUUGUCCAUUCAGGACUUGGGGUCAAAAUUUCAAUUGUGUGUUCUGUCGAGUUCAGUCUAACGACCCGAACGGUUUGCGAGCUCAUAUGGCAUCGAGACAUGCAAACUUUGAUAUACAACUCGUUUUCAGUAGGAAAUUACGUAAAGAAUUUCUCAAAGUUGACAUAACCGAUUUACAAUGUAAGCUUUGUUUCAUGCAAAUAGACACACUCGACGAACUUUUGACACACCUCAAAAAUGAUCAUAAACAGCCAAUUAACGUUGACGUCCAACCCGGCGUCCUGCCGUUCAAAUUGAACGACGGCUCGAAUUGGAAAUGUGCCAUAUGUAAAAUACAAUUCUCGGAUUUCAUAUCUCUGAAGAAACACACAGCGGAACAUUAUCAGAAUUACGUUUGUGAUACAUGCGGCGAAGGCUUCAUCACGGAAGUCGCUCUUAGAGCACAUACGAAAAUACCCCACGAUAACAAAUACAAUUGUAGCAGAUGUAUCGCAACGUUUUCAACUUUAGAAGAGAGGAAUGUUCACAUAAAGACACAGCACACGACGCUUCCGUAUAUGUGUGUGUAUUGCAAAGAGAAACCGAGGUUCGCGACAUGGGAGCUAAGAAAACGUCACCUAAUGGAGACACAUAACUACAAGCCGGGAGCGGAAAUGUACGAAUGCACAACAUGCCAUAUGAUGUUCAAGACUCGCUCUCAGAAAUAUCACCACAACGUGAAAGUUCAUCGAACGAAAAAGGAGCUAGAUUUUGGAUUCUCCUGUGUUCACUGUGCAAGGGGUUUCGCUACUAAACUGUCUCUCGAUAAACAUACAGCCAAGAAACAUUUUCACGUCUGAUAUUAUGCAUUUCAUUAUAUUCAUCGAUAUAAAUAUUUCGCAAUCAUCAUGUGUAUAUUAUGAUUUUAAGUGUACUAAUUUACUAUAUAACUUGAGUGAUCUCAUACUGCUAUACGGUACUUAAACAUUUGUUCGGUUAUGUUAUAUUCUAUAUGGAAAUUGUAGGAUCGAUUCCGAUAAAACUUUCGAUGAUAGUUUAGUUUUACUAUUAAAAGAUAGUAGUGAAAUUAUA